AUGCCAUUGCCUAAACCAAAGCCAGGUGAUACUAGUCUGGCAUCAUCUAAACCCCCAGCAGCCGACCACGGAGGCUCAUCGCAUGGAAAGGAUGAUCUCCUAGGCACAGAAGCACCGGACCCCCACGUUGGCAAAAAUGCAUCAUCACUUGGGCCAGGAUUGCCGAAAAAGCCAGAUCCCCUCACGGGCUUAGGUCCAGAGAGUAAUCCUGGUUCUAAUCAUGGAGUCACAUGGGAUGGGCCGGGGGUCGUUCCCUCGACCAGGCCCGGUGACCUCCCCUCACCCUCGCCCUCGACCAGGCCCGGUGACCUCCCCUCACCCUCGCCCUCGACCAGGCCCGGUGACCUCCCCUCACCCUCGACCAGGCCUGGUGACCUGCCCUCGCCCAGGCCCGAUGGCAGUAAUGGAGGGGAUCAAAACGGGACACCAGGAGGCCCUACGGACGAUACAAACCAAGGCGGCGGAGACGCCCUGAAUAAAACAUCCAGCGCAAGUCUUCAAUUACUGCAAAAAAUAUUGAACCACACCCUGUCUACUUUGCCUGGACUCGAGAAACUAUCAGAUCAGGUCGAGAAAAUGAUGGCAGGACAGCUAGAAGAUGCUAUGGAAAAGGCACAAGACACCCCAGAUUCCCCGGGUAGUCGAACAGAUGUACAACAAGGUAUCCAAGGUUCCUUCAAUGCCACAGCAAACAAGACUGUGAGCAUAACAGCUCCAGUCGAAAUGAACGGGACCGAUUCUCAAGGGAAAGCAUGUGAAACUUAUGGAUACGUCACUUUAUCUGCCACCACGUUGACGACGCUCUCUGGGCUCUUCCAGAGCUUGGUUAAGCUGGAAAAGACAGUCAGCAAAGAUGGAAGUAAAAAAUCACUGACCAUCCUCCAACAAGCUCGAGCACAAGUGUCCUUCACGAUGUUUUCGGUAAUCAAGUUGACUGCCCAACCAGCCGUGACAAACUGUCAUGUUCCACCCUCUCAAACAACCUUCAGCACUCAGAUUCAAGCCAACGUGUCCAUGUGUGCAGAAAUGCUCACCAAAGUUGAACGUGACCUAAAAUCAGGCAAAACGGCCGCUUCCAAAUCUACUAAUGUUGGUAUUGACGCAAGCUUAGGCGCCAACGCGACGUUGAGUACGAAGACAGGUGAUAUAGGCAGUUCCCCUGGGGAAUUAGCCGGAGGGGGAUCUGGCGGUGCUGAUAAAGAUGCUGGCGCUUCGGGAGACAAUAUCAGUCUACUUGGGGAUAAGACUAAGAGUCCAGAUGGAUCUCCUCCAUCCUCCAACGACACAACGGAUUCCACUCCAAACCCUACGAAGUUAUCUCCAGAUUCAGCUUCGCCGGAGGCUGCUACUAGCCUUCGUGGUGGUGACUUGGGAGGUUCCUCACCGAAAACUGAUGAAUCUACAAAGGCAGAUGCAUCAUCUGGUGGUGAUGUAUCAUCUGGUGGCGAUGCAUCGUCUGGUGGUGAUGCAUCGUCUGGUGGCGAUGCAUCAUCUGGUGGUGAGGCCAAUGGAUCAAGUUCUUUCAAGAUAGAUCAAUUUGCGGAAGUGAAGGCAAGCUUUGCAGCUGUCGUACAAGUCACAACUGGACUGGUGACCUCUAAACCUUCCCAAGGAAAGCAGGGGGUCCACAUUGGUGCAACAAUAGACGCCCAGGUCAACGUCAAUAUCAAGUCCCGAGUUUCAGUUAGAAGUUCAACUAUUGACAGUUUCUUGGAUAGCGUCAACGGCGGUAGUGGUGGUCAAGAGCACAAUUCUUUACAAAAUCCAGACAUCCAAAAACAAGAUGGAAUGGGAAUUCUCCAAAACUUUGGAGGAAACAUAUUCGGAAGCAUCACCUCGGGCAUUUCGGGCUCCACUGGUGGUGGGUCAUUCGAUGGCAGUGGCGGUGACAAUUCAUCCGUCAUGGACACCCCUGGCUCUACUGGGGGAAGCUCCGGAGGUUCUAAUUCAACCGGUUCAAGCUCCUAUCCUGGGAGCUCAGGUAAAACAGAUGGCAGUGGUUCUGGCGGCGGAAUUUCCGAAGGUACUGAGUCAACCGAUCCAAGUUCAUAUCCCGGGGGCUCAGGUACAACAGGUGGGUCUGGUUCUAGCGGGGGAGGCUCCGGAGGUCCCGAUUCAAGUGGUUCAAGUUCAUAUCCCGGAAGCUCAGGCUCAACAGGUGGCAGUGGUUCUGGCGGGGGAAGCUCCGGAGGUCCUGAUUCAACCGGUGGAAGUUCCUAUCCCGGAAGCUCAGGCUCAACAGGUGGCAGUGGUUCUGGCGGGGGAAGCUCCGGAGGUCCUGAUUCAACCGGUGGAAGUUCCUAUCCCGGAAGCUCAGGCUCAACAGGUGGCAGUGGUUCUGGCGGGGGAAGCUCCGGAGGUCCUGAUUCAACCGGCGGAAGUUCCUAUCCCGGAAGCUCAGGCUCAACAGGUGGUACUGGUUCUGGUCCCGAUUCAAGUGGUUCAAGUUCCUAUCCCGGAAGCUCAAACGGGAAAAACGGCACGAUGGUCGAUGCUGAUGGUAGCGGACCUGGUGGCUCUGGAGGGGGUGGUGGGGGUUCAGAUUUUGGGGGGAGUGGGAGUGGAUCAUCGGGCGAUACUGGAGGCACUGGCUCCGGCUCCGGUUCCGGCGGAAUGUCGGGAAGUAGCAGUAGUGGCCAAUGUACUUGCAAGGCCGACUCGUCCACUCAUCUCCGUAUUAGGAGCCUCGAGGCUCAGCUAGCACAAGUUCAUAGAGUCAUGCACAAAAGAGGUUUAACCGAACUUUGA